GUAUCAUGGAGGGAACGAGCCAGGGAGCUGCUGGAACAGGAUCGGGGCCAGGGGGUGGGGGCUGUACAUUGGGGGCGGGCAGGGGGCUUUGCUUGGUGCUGCAUGUGGGGGGAUGUAGCAGGAGGUUGUGCACUGGGGGGUGCUGCUGCGGGGGGCUGUGCAUUGGGGGACAUGCUGUGGAGGGGGAUGUGCAUUGGGGGAGGGGCAGGGGGCUUUGCUUCAUGCUGCCUAUAGGGGGGGACAUGGGAGAGGGCUGUGCAUUGGUGGGGUUCUGCGGCGGGGGCUGUGCAUUGGGGGGAGGGCGCUCAGUUUUAGGAUGGUUCCAUGGGGCAACACUGGGACGCAGGCUGUGAGCUGUUGUCUGAGUAAAGCUGCAGGUGAUGCUCGGUCUGUGUCCUCGUCUGCGAUGUGGGGGGGAUGAACCCUGCAGCUGGGCCCCCAUCCCAGCCCCACACUCUCUGCGCCUGGGGCGGUGGGACAGGCCCCCCCAGGAGGGGAACGGGGGCUGCCCCAUCCCAGGGGGUGCAGGGUCCAGCCUCUCUCCCUGCUGGGACCUUGCUGGGAGGGAAGAGAGGUUGUUCCAGGUCCGGGGCAUUGGCUGAAGCCUGGCUGGGCUCGGGCAGCGCUGCCCCCGGGAAGGGGCUACUGUGACCCCAGGAGGCAGAGCCCAGAGCCGGGUGGGGGUGAAACACCCCCAGGCUGGGAUCCCCACGGCGACCCAGAGCAGGGCUGGGGUAGCGACCCACGCCCCCAGGCCUGACUCGGACAGCCCUACACGGUCCUGGGAGUCCCUGGGUCACGGCCUCACGAGGUCACCGGCUGCCCCAGGAUAAAAACAACCCGGGCAGACAGUGCCGAUGUGCCUGGGGGUGGGGGGAUGGGACGGGACAUGCCAGCCAAUUAGGGGGCUCCAGGCCACUUUCGGGGCUUAUUGGGGCCCUGCCACAUGGCAGGCCCUUUAUCAGCGCAGCCCUGGCACUGCUGGUGCAGGGACGGUGCCUCCUGCCCCCUGCGUGCACCCCCGGAGAUGUGUCUGCGUGGGGCCGUGCUGGCUCUGUGCUGUGUGGGAGCUGCGGCCUGGCUGCAGGUGUCGGUGGGCCCCUCGCCGGUGCGGGCGCGCCCCGGGCAGCGCGUGGUGCUGGAGUGCAUCAUUGGGGCCGACUACCCGCCCCUGGAGCUGGAGCUGGAGCAGCUGCAGGUGUGCUGGCGGCACGAGGGGCGCACGGUGCUGGAGUUCACUGGGGCGGUGCAGGCGGCGCGGGCGGGACUCAGCCUGGCCGAGGACGAGGUGAGGAACGGGAACGUCUCGCUGGUGCUGCAGAACGUCACCGCCAGCGACAGCGGGGAGUGGACCUGCUACAUCCUCUACCCGCCCGACCAGGCCCAGGGCAGCCUCACCCUGCGCGUGGCAGGCCCGAUGGUGCCCCCCGACGCUUGCCCCCUGGGUGGGGGCGCCCCACGGCUGCGGCAGCUGGAGGAGGUGAUCGGGGGCUGCGUCCGCUCGGCCAGCGAGCUUCAGCGGCACCUGGCCCAGCUGGUUGCUGAGGUGAAGGAGUGUCUGGGCAGCCCGGAGGCUGAGGAGAGCCCAGCCCGGGCACAGGCUGAGAGCGCCAGCCAGACGGCACAGCCAUGAACCCUCGGUCGUCCACCCAGCGCCCGCUGGGCUCACAGCGUCCCC